GUGUGUCCAGUGGGCCAGUGCAAGUUAAUCACUUCAUUUUGCAAAGAACUUCACCUUCCUACACUAAUUGCUUUCUUAAAGCCUUCAAAACAGUUCACAUUAUUUAUAAAAUUCCUAUAAAGCCACUCUUAAUCCUUUUCCCGUUCUGGGUUUUCGAUUCUGUAUCUGGGUUUUGCUUCUUGUGGCCAUAUCUCAACGGGGUAUUUUACAUUGAAAGAUUUCUAAUACCUUUUGCAGUUGUUUCAGUAUAUAUUCACUUGCUCUGAAUUUUUGGUAAAGGUUUUGAUGGAUUUUAGAGACGGAAUGCAUAAGGUGUACUCUUUCAUUGCUCAAAUUGGCAAUCUAGGGCUCCAUGUAUUGUGGUAUUUUCUACAUUUUAUUGUCAGCUUAUGGUACUUUGCACUGGGAGUAAUCUGUGCCUUAGAAAGCUAUCUUAUCUCCAUUGGAAUACUGAAAAGAUACGAAGCCCUUGAUAUAAACAAGCUUCGGUACCUGGUCGUAGUGGUAGAAAGUGAAGAAGCUUAUCAGAUUCCGAAAAUUAUUGAGCUUUUGCAGUGGUUGGUGGCUCUUGGUGUAAAACGUGUGUGCCUCUAUGAUACUGAAGGAAUACUGAAGAAAUCAAAGGAUUCCAUUUUGGUGAAAUUGAAUAAUGCUACAGUUUUUGAGGAAGCUGAUCAAAGCAAUCCACUUCUUGACCAUAAACAUAUUAGUGUGGAGUUUGCUUCAUUCUCUGAUGGAAAGGAAGCAGUGGCCAAAGCAGCUAACUUACUGUUUAGGAGGUAUUUGAAAUUGGGUGAUUCAGACAAAAUUCAGGAAGAGAAAAUUUUUACUGAAGCUCGCAUGACUGAGGCACUAACAGCCGUCGGUUGCAGAGGACCAGAACCUGAUCUCUUAUUAGUUUAUGGACCUGCAAGAUGCCAUCUAGGUUUCCCUGCUUGGAGAAUUCGAUAUACAGAGAUCAUACAUAUGGGAUCCUUGAACUCCAUGAAAUAUGGUUCGCUUAUAAAGGCUAUAUACAGAUUCACAAUGGUCGAGCAAAAAUAUGGUAAAUGAACUGCUGCGUUCUGCAAGAUCCGACGACUUACAAUAACUGGUGCUGAGAUAUAGGUCAUCGACUGCAUUUUCUUUUGAACUCUACCAUCUUAUUUUCUUAAGUCUCUAAUUAAGCAUAUUAUAUUUGGUCCUCAUAAUUUAGAUUAGACAAUAAAAGUUUCAAUCUCUCGGUCGUCGAUUACCCUAUAUAUGUAUAUGUAAUGUAGCCAUUGAGUUGUUUUGUCAUAAAUCUCCUACAAGAGAAUUUGUGUAUAUAGUUUUAUCUGCAAUGCAUUAAGUCGUACAGACAAUUUUUAUUUUCAUCCAACUCAAGAGAGAUUAUUGUAAACACAGCAGUGGUAAAUCUGAAUUUUGUAAGAGUAAAAUUGUUCAAUGCAAAUCAGACGACAGUUAUUGUUCA